CCAGUUAGACGGGACGGGCGAUUGGCAUUGCUUUCGGGGCGUUGAUAAGUGCGCACCUCACCCACCUCGAAGUAGGUUUUUUAUUUUGUUUUGUUAUUUUUUUGUUGCUGUGCGUGCAGUAAAAACGAAAAUAACAUCGCGGGGCUCAAACAAGAAAAACAUUCUCGAUAAGGAAAGUCGAGGCGAAACAGUUGCGCCGCACACUCCGGACGGAGAACAACGCAGUGAGCUCACUCCGGCGGAAUCCCAGCGCCAUGCCCGAUAACAGUAAUAAAUUUAGCGCCUCCAGCAAUGUCCGCAUUCCGGACUGGAUCAAUGAGGCCUACUUUAAGCGGCUGCUCAAGCGGGAAUUCCGUGAAUUCCGGCGCAUCUUGAACCUCUCAAUCAUUCCGGCCACGCCGCCCGGAGAGACCUACACCUCGCUGCUGAUGCGCAUUGUCAUUGACAUCGAGAUGAAAGAUGGAUUCUCACAGCAAAAGUCUUAUAUAGUAAAGACCAUGUUGGACGAUGCCCAGGGAAAUGGUGGCUUUGUGAAUACCCUUAAUAUCUUUCCCAAAGAGAAGAUGAUGUAUGAAACCAUCAUUCCGAACUUGGAACUUCUCUAUGAGGAGGCUGGACUGAGUGUGAAGUUUGCUCCGAAAUGCCACUGGGCGGAGGAUAUUAAAGGAAGAAUCUGCCUGGUGCAGCAGGAUCUACGAACCAAAAAGUUCCGCAACAUCAAUCGACUUAAGGGAUUCGAUAUGCCACAUAUGCAACGAGUGCUGGAAAAGCUAGCCGAAUUUCAUGCUGCAAGUGCCGUUUGGCGGCAGCGGAAUGGACCUUUCCCAGAUGAUUUUCAACGUAUUUAUCUACCCGCCAACUACAACAAAUCAAAGUCAUAUCAGGCGAGGAUCCUAAGCUACAAAGCAGCAAUGGCCACUUGGGGUCUGGCCGAUCAUGAAGAGUACGUGAAUCGCAUUCCCACUGCCGAUCAAUUUGUGCAAUCCUACGCCCGCUGCUUCAACAACAAUCCACAUGAAUUUAAAGUUCUCAAUCAUGGUGACUUUUGGUCCAGCAACAUAAUGCUGAGCUAUACUCAAUCUGGUGAUAUCAAUCAGAUUCGCUUUGUGGACUUCCAGCUGUGUAAAUGGGGCAGUCCGGCUCAGGAUUUAUGGGAACUCAUCAUCUGCUCGGCACGGCAUAGCAUAAGGAUACAAAACUUCGACUGCUUCAUAAGGAUAUAUCACACUCACCUGGUGCGUUGCUUAAAGACCCUUAAUUAUAACGAAAGGAUUCCUAUGCUCAGAGAACUACACAUGAGCAUGAUCAAGUAUGGAUUUUGGGGUUACUUCACAACUUUCACCCAUUUGGUCUUCAUCCUCCUGCCCGUGGAUGCGGAGGCCAGCUUGGUCAAGCUUAUGCAGCCAGGAGAGGAUGGAGAUCGCUUUCGUUCUAAGGUCUACACAAAUCCCCUCUACGUCCGCGCUGCAUUGAGCAUAUUCCCCUUCCUUUGCAGGCGCGGCAUUCUGGACUUUUGAAAAUAUUUAAAAUUCUUACUCCUAGCCAAAAGCCAAGUCUGCGAUUUUUAUAAUCAAUUUCACUGCUACUUUUAGGUUUUUUUUAAACAUUAAGCAUAAAAUGUAAUAAAAAUAUCUUUACUCUAUCUCAUUACCUACCUAAACUACCAAAAGAACAUUAUUCCUUCUAAUUUUUAAUAUGUUUUAUAAAUAAAUUAACUUUCUAUACUGCAAAGCAUUUAUUUCCA